CUGGACCCUAGCCCAGCGGACUCUGAUCCCGCGUCAGGUCGGUCCACCACAGGAACAGGUGUCUAGGCUUGGCCAGGGGUCUUCAUGGCGUGGCACAGGGAGCCCCGCCGAGAACCCGAGAACUUCAUCCCUGAUUGAAUGGAGCCGACCUUUUGUGGGCUUUUGUGUCCACGCACACCUUAGAGUCGUCUGCGAAACCAUCAGUGACCACAAGAACAUUUGGACUUGAAAAGGGGACAGGAAGUGACCUUUAAGAAUGAGGAAGGAACGCGACGCCCACUAUGAACUGCUGACCCCGCCCCUCCUCUCCCGCAAAAUGGCCGGCGGGCUGCCAUCAUGGAUGCUGACAUUGCUCCUGCUCCCUACCUGGGAGUCCGCCUCCGUCUCGACCUUCCCGCGGGACCUGGAGCCAAUCAGCGUCGUGGACCGGGACCAGUCGCGCCACUAUGCCAGAUUCCAAGGACUCCCGCAGGACAACGACACCCGUCUGGACUUUCAGAGGAUGCUCCGCGUCAACCACAUGCUCUUCAUCACCGCCAGGGAUCACGUGUUUGCAGUCAACCUCACGACGGCAGCGGAGGCGUUUGUCCCUCAGCUGACGCUGGCGUGGCGCUCCAAAGACGUGAGCAAGUGUACGGUCCGAGGAAAGAACAGCGACGAAUGUUACAACUACAUGAAAGUUUUGGUGGUGCGAGACGACGAGACGCUGUUUGCCUGCGGGACCAACGCCUUCAACCCCACCUGCCGGAACUACAAGAUGGCGACGCUGGAGCAGGUGGGGUCGGACGUGGUGGGCCAGGCUCGUUGUCCUUUCGAGUCGGGUCAGUCCAACGUGGGAUUGUUUGCCGGCGGAGACUUCUAUUCGGCGACCAUGACCGACUUCCUGGCCAGUGAUGCCGUCAUCUACCGGAGCCUCGGGGAUGGGCGGCCUGUCCUCAGGACUGUCAAGUACGACUCCAAGUGGCUCCGAGAGCCGCACUUCCUGCAUGCCAUCGACUACGGCAGCUACGUCUACUUCUUCCUGAGCGAGAUAGCCGUGGAGUACACCGCCCUGGGGAAGGUUGUGUUUUCUCGGGUGGCGCGAGUGUGUAAGAACGAUAAUGGCGGCUCUCCGAGAGUUCUGGACAAGUACUGGACUUCCUUUCUCAAGGCCCGUCUCAACUGUUCGGUUCCGGGGGAUUCUUUCUUCUACUUCGACGUGCUGCAGUCGCUCACCAACGUGCUUCAGAUCAACGGCAGGCCUGCUGUGGUCGGCGUGUUCACCACGCAGGCCAACAGCAUCCCUGGCUCUGCGGUUUGCGCGUUCUACAUGGAUGAUGUCGAGAAGGUGUUCGACGGGAGGUUUAAGGAGCAGCGGAACAGCGACUCGUCGUGGACUACGGUGCCAGAUGAGCAGGUUCCCAGGCCCAGACCCGGUCUGUGCGCCGGCGAGGGCCCGUUGGCCGACUACAAGUCUUCUGUUCAAUUCCCGGAUGAAACGUUGACUUUUAUCAAGUCGCACCCUCUGAUGGAUGAAGCCGUUCCCUCCGUCAACCAUCGGCCAUCUUUCACCCGGACGUCCAGCGGGUCCAAGCUGACCCAGAUUGUGGUGGACCCCACGGCCGGCCCCUACAAGGAUCGGACCGUUAUGUUCCUGGGGUCCGAUGACGGGAGAGUCCUGAAGGUUUUGGCCGGCAUGCUUCCCAAUGACACCUUCGGCUCCAAACUUCUGGAGGACAUAGACGCCUACGACCCGUCCAGGUGUGGCCUUCAGGGCCGAGGGGACAGGAGGGUUCUGGGCCUGGAGCUGGACAAGGACCAUCACGCCUUGUUUGUGGCCUUCCCCAACUGCGUCAUCCGAGUGCCGCUCAGCCGCUGCAGCCGACACGGAGCGUGCAAGAAGGCGUGUCUGACCUCCCGUGACCCCUACUGCAUCUGGUUGCGCACGGGGCGGUGCACGAACAUGGCACCCGGUUUCAAGGCGGGGUUUGACCAAGACAUUGAGGGUGACCACUUGACCGCGACCGCCUGCCACGCUGACAUCUUGGACGCCUCAAGUGACCGGGAGUCGCCCGCCGACUCAGCAUACGGCAUCCAGCGUCUUCCCGACGUGGACCAGCGCUCAGCCGCUCACGUGCAUUACACGCUACUGCUUGCCUGCGUGCUACUCGCCUUCUUCCUGGGCGCCAUCUUGUCGGCUUUCCUUGCCUCGUGUUACUGUGGCCGCAGCUCCACCCGCCACGAUGGGAAGUUGUCCAAAGACCCGGAGGCGGCGCUGCCGCGCGCCAUGUCCCUGCGCUCCCUCGCCAAGCUGAGCGGCCUCCUGGAUGGGCAGCCCAAGGAAGAAAAAACGGACGUGUCCGUGUGUCCAAAGAUGUACACAUCUUUCAUCCCCAACGGGGGCAUCGAACCGCACCUCAUCCCUGCCGCAAACCAGAACCUUCCUCUGUCCCAGGGUUUACGGCAUAGAACUGGUACCGAAGUCCGGGGGUCUCUAACUGACGUUCCGCCUCAGGAGGAUGUCGAGCUGUCGAGUCUUGCCACGCCGGAACCCAGCCCAGAAUUCCUAAAGCAGACGGGCGAGGUCGGGCAGCAUCGUCCCUAUGAGAUGGCGUCAGACGCCGCCAAGGCGGUGACGGGAAAGUCUCCACCCACCUUGCUGCUGUGUCACCACGGCAACAGUCAGAGCAAGGAUGGCAAGGCUUGGAGUGACGAGCAGGUCAUAGGAGACGUCCAUCACUGCCACAAGUCUUGCCCCCCAGCACCCGUGGACGUAUCGGCGCUGGACGAGCUGCUCAAGCACAUCCACGAGGUCAGCGCCUCGGGAAGCGGAGGAAUCAAAGUCUUGACGUCGUCAUCUUCCUCCAUGGGGCAUCAUCAUCCUCAUGGCUUCAACCACAGCCAUCGCCAAGGCAACCAACACCACGACGGCGGCCAACAUCAGCAUCAGCGAAUCCCAGAGACAGAAUCGACUUCCUACUACGGCGCCUCCACGCCCUUGUGGGAUGGCCUUUCCAAACGACUGGACACGCCUACUCGAAACUCUGCCUCCUCGUCCUCGCGGUUCUUGGAAAUGCCGGGACACUUGCAACGGCACGCCUUGGUCAAGAUGGCCAGCGGCGUGCCGCGUCACCACAGCUUCAACCAGCGGGGGGCGCCGUCAUUCCUCGCCAGGAUGAACACCAACAGCAGCAGCAACGGGCCCCCCGUCGCCAACGCAUGUUUGACGCGACAACACAGCUACAGUGAAGGACCGCAUGCCCAGCGGGCGGCCAUCGUGCGGCGGACGGUGUCUCUGAAACCCAAGGUCCCGCCCAAACCCUUGUUCCUUCCCAACGUGGCCACAUCGCCGCUCUCUGAGGCACCCAGGUCCAACUACUGACACGGAAGGAGCGCUUCAUGCUGGGGGCGGAGCUGGAGAGGAACCCAUCAGUGUCCGGACAAUGACGGGCCCCUCCAAAGGAACAGCCCCUCCCACUCGGCAUCUCAUCACCGUCAGGCUGAGGUACCUCUCACCACAAUGUUUUGUACCAUAUUGGUAUGUGUCGCCUGGCUCGGGGGCGGGGCUUCUUGCAAUAACACAGACUAACAGCAGACGUUAGCAUGUUGCUGGAGACUUUGCUA